GCAACCGGAUCUGGCUGCCAAACCGCCAAACCUUGAGGCGCAAUGACCUCUGGGAAUUGUAGUUCAGUUGGAAGGGCCUUUUAGGAGCCUCGUGACUGCAGGCCCGCAGUCUGCGGACUACAACUCCCGAAAUCAACCAUGAGGGCGAAUGGGUGGGAAGGGCCCCCAGCGAGCUCCGACCGGGAUUCCAUGCUCCCCAGUGACAGCAGCGGCAGGAAGCUGGCGGGUGCUACUCCGGCGCCAAGGCCUCUGGUUCCCCGAAGGGCGACAUCGGACAUUUCCCUACGUAACUCCCAUCUCUGGGCCCCGAGUCUGUGCAUGGCGAAGUCCCCGGAGAACUCUACCCUGGAGGAGAUUCUAGGGCAGUAUCAACGGAGUCUCCGGGAACGUGCAAAUAGAAGCAUUCACCAACUGAAAUGUGCCCUGAGAGAAGGUGAUGUCACCGUUGGAGAAGAUGCUGCGGGUCCCAGUGUGGAAAAUGAGGAAAAUGAGGAAAAUGAGGACGCUGGGACUGCCUGGCAUGAACUGCGACACAGCCAUGCCGUUAAUCAGCUCAAAGCUUUGUUGCGCCAACAAGCAACUAAGGAAAGUGAGGUGUCUCCAUCAAGAAGGCGAAAAGUGUCCCCUCUGAGGGCGUCAGAAGAUGAGGAAGCCAACGUGCCUACCAUCCACAAUCUUGUUCCGAUCAUCAAUGAUCAGUCUCAGUACAUUCAUCAUUUAGAGGCAGAAGUCAAGUUCUGCAAGGAGGAACUCUCUGGAAUGAAAAACAGGGUACAAGUGGUUGUGCUUGAAAAUGAAAGUCUCCAACAAGAGCUGAAAUCUCAAAGACAAGAGGAAGCAAUGAGGGAACAAACACUUCUGGAUGCAUCUGGAAACAUGCAGAAUUCUUGGAUUACAACAGGUGAAGAUUCUGGGGUGGGUGAAGCUGCCAAGAGAGGAUUCUCCCAUGGCGAUGCGGAUGUUGUCGUAGGUGCAUCUGCUGGGGAAGCUGAAAAAUGGAAACUGGAACUGGAGAGGCUGAAACUUACUUAUGAAGAAAAGACUGAAGUCCUAGAAUCUCAAUUGAAAAUUUUAAGGAAAGACUUAGCUGAAUAUCAGAAAAAUUGUGAAGAUCUUAAAGAGCGACUGAAGCAUAAAGAGUCUCUCCUCGCUGCGAAUACUUCUAACUGGGUUGGUGGCCUGUGUUUGAAAUGUGCUCAGCACGAAGCUGUUCUUUCCCAAACCCAUAAUAAUGUUCACGUACAGACCAUUGAAAGACUGACUAAGGAAAGAGAUGACUUAAUGUCCGCACUAGUUUCCGUCAGGAGCAUCUUGACAGACAUGCAGGAAAGAGAAGCCGGCGCUUAUGAGCAGGUGAAGCAAGCCGUGCAAGUGGCCGAGGAAGCCAAUUUCGAGAAGACCAAGGCUUUAAUCCAAUGUGAACAGUUGAAGAACGAACUGGAGAGGCAGAAAGAGCGACUUGAAAAAGAACUCGCAUCACAGCAAGAAAAAAGGGCCUUUGAGAAAGAGAUGAUGAAAAAGGACCUAACAAAAGAAAAGGAGGACCUGGGAUCAAAGAUAUUGUCCCUGUCUCAAAAUAUUGCCCAACUGGAGGUCCAGGUUGAAAAGGUUACAAGAGAGAAGAUUUCAGCUAUUAAUCAACUAGAGGAAAUUCAAAACCAGCUUGCUUCCAAGGAAAUGGAUGUCACAAAGGUGUGUGGGGAAAUGCGCUAUCAGUUGAAUAAAACCAAAAUGGAGAAGGAUGAGGCAGAGAAGGAGCACAGAGAGUACAGAGCAAAAACUAAAAGGGAUCUUGAAAUGAAAGAUCAGGAAAUAGAGAAAUUGAGAUUAGAAGUCAGUGAAAGCAAACAGCACUUGGAACGGGAGCAGCAGAAGGCAGCCGGGGCCAGAGAGGAGUGCCUGCAACUGACAGUUCUGCUGAGCGAGUCGCAGCACCAACAGCACCUCACCAGACUGGAAAAAGAUAGCAUUCAGCAGAGGCUUAGCAACGAAGCAAAGGCCCAAGCCCUUCAGGCCCAGCAAAGGGAGCAGGAGCUGACACAGAAGAUACAGCAAAUGGAGGCCCAGCAUGACAAAACUGAAAAUGAACAGUAUUCACUGCUGACCUCCCAGAAUACAUUUUUGACAAAGUUAAAGGAAGAGUGCUGUGCAUUAGCCAAGAAACUGGAACAAAUCUCCCAAAAAAGCAGAUCUGAAAUAGCUCAGCUCAGUCAAGAGAAAAGGUAUACGUAUGACAAACUGGAAAAGUUACAGAGAAGAAAUGAUGAAUUGGAGAAACAGUGUGUCCAACAUGGGAGACUACAUGAGAUAAUGAAGCAAAGAUAUAUUAAUUAACCAAGUGCGUGAUAUCAGUGAAGAUUUUGCCAAUCCCUUCAUUUCCAUUGUUUUCGAACCUAAGCAAGAAUUAAGGGCAGAUGUUUCCUUGCUGCUAUCCCAGGAGAAUGAGUGAGGGAAAGGAAGGUGAGGCAUGGAAGAAUGGAGAACAAUGUAAGACAAUGUAUUAUCAUAUUGGUGACUGUUUCAUGAUAAACCACAAAGACACAACCAUACAGAUGCUUCUGGACAAACCUGUUACAAAGAAAUUGCCUCCCAAUAGCCCACUGGAGGGAGGAAAAGAGAGCGAGUUUUAUCUGUCCAGGUUCUGUCUCAUGUCUCCCGUGGGUCCAGAAUUUUCCCCAUGGGAGAUAAUUCACCUGCACUUUGGACUAAAUUAACCAGUCCUUUUAGAGCUACCUCAGAAGCCAGAUCCUAAAUUCUAGGGUUUGACAUGGCAUUUGACUCUGAGUGGCAGGAGGAGCCCAUGACUUGAGAUGUGGGCAGUGUGCCUCAGUGGCAGACCAAGAUGGCCACCAUGGGACCAGUAGGCUCGAGGGCAGCAGCGAGGUACUGAGAGCCCAGGAGAAGGUGGCACCAAGAGACGCUGAUUGAUACACCUGUCAGGGGUAAUGACAUUACAUAGUGUCAGCCUCAAGGCCAGCCCUUGAGAGAGACUUCAUUAUGUGCAUUCCCUGUACCCUCUGCUGCUGCUUCUCUUCCAGACCGAUCCAUGACCUUUCACCGACUAUGCUCAUUCCUGCAAAUGUGUCUUUGGUUAGGUGUCUUUCAUUUUCGUUUCUUCACUUCUCCUCCUGGAAUCUCUACCUUGGCUUCUU